CCUCUUUUUCCCUUUGCUGUCUGUGUAUUUCUUUCUUCCUUUCUUUUUUAACUCUUCCUUUCCUUUCUUGCUUCCUAUCCCUCCCUCUCUCCCUCUCCCGCUUUCUGAUAACAUGAGACUGUCUUCGAUUGUUGCCGGUGCUUUGGCCGUGCUCGCUGUUUCGUCGGUUCCGUUCGCCCGAGCUGAUGAAAGCCUUGACCAAGAAAUUGCUGAGGCAAAGCAAAAGUUCUGCAGUGGUCUUUCCGUCACUGCACCCACCCAAGGUCAGCAGUUCGCCGAUCCCACUCAAGUACGCCUCACUGUUGAGCGUCAACCCGACGAGCAAGCAAAGACCUUGAGAGGUGUCGAUAUUUACUCCAUCUCAAAUGACGGAACGCCAAAAUACCUCGGCACACCAUGGGAGGACAUCUAUAACCUCAACACCAAGGCUUCGCUCCCUGUCGACAUCACCAAGGUAGAAGGCACCGACGCUGCAACACAAUACCGGUUCCGAGUAUGGGUGAGAAACGAACAAGGCCCCGAUUGUACCUUGAUGUCCAAGGUCUUCCGAGUUGCCGCAUCGCACACCAACGACGCUUCGUACGCCAUGCAGAGCCUGGACGGCAAGAUUGAUCGCGGUUGUUUCGGUAUCGAUUUGACCGCACCUGCCAUCGGUAAAAAGCUCAAAGCAAGUGACGGCCCCAUCAAAGUCAAUAUCAAGCGCGACCCUAUUUCCGGAGUGAGCGAAUAUCGGUCAAUCGAGUUGUACAAGUACCAUUCCGACACAAAAGAGGCCGAGCUUGUUCAUAAGUCUUGGGACAAGAAGACAGAAGCAUCGGAGCUGUUCACCUUCAAGGAUACACUCGACCAAGGUGUCACAUCCGACGAUGAUGAGCCUUUCUUUUACAAGUUGACGGCAGUAACAGAAGACGGCAAAGACUGCGAGUUUUCCUCGCACCCCUUCUACUACCAAUAGAUGCUGUUGUACGCUCACUCACUCACUUGCACCUCCAAAAAGCUUCCUGCACCUCUCUUCCUCUCCCGCUCCCAUCUAGCCCCACAUCCAUGCGGGCUAUAGCAAAUAAUGUUUUGUGUACCAAAUAUACUCCUAUACAGAUAUACCUCUUCAAAUGAUGUGAUGUCAAAUUAAGCUCUAUACCCCGUUCUGAUUAAGCGUGUAUAGACCAGCUUUGUCAACGCGAUGCGUUCGACAUUCUCAUAUCAUCGUCGUCGGAUCUGUACUAUUCAUCAAUGACGAUAAUCAAUAUCCCUUCUUUAUAGGUUUUACAAACAGUGCUGGGAUGUCUGAGAUUAUGGGUUGAUGUAUUGCCAAAAGAAAAAUAUCAUGACACCUGUUUAAUUUUCUUGUAAUUCAUACAGG